AUGGAUAUAACAUUGAUGAUAUGCCUACUGCGGAAUAUAGCCAAACUAAAAAUACUUGAUGUUCUUCCAAAAAGUAUUGAUAUUAGUGAAGACGAUGACCUUUCUAGAAUAAAGUAUUACAGAAAUAAUUUUGUGCACGCUACUGAUGGCACAAUUGACGAUAACAGUUUUACAGAUAUAUGGACAGAUGUAUCAAAGGCUGUUAUAAGACUGGGUGGAAAACCUUUCAAAGAUGAGUGUGACUCACUUCUUGUGGGAGAACUUGAUAGGUCAUACCGCGAUGUGUAUUUAGAACAAAUGUGUAAUGAAAAAAGGCUAAAAGAAGUUGAAGAAAAUCUAAUGAAAUUGCAAAUACAGAUGUCGGAAUAUGCAAAAGACGAUAAGGAAGAAGAAUUCGAACAGUGGAGAAAAGAAAACGAAAAGUUUGUAACCACAACAGCCGUGACAGCCAUUCUUGAUAUAAUUAAGAAAAAGAGUUUUACGGUUUUAACUGGAAGUCAAGGUAUCGGAAAAUCCGCAAUAGCUCAACAUUUGUGUUUACUUUUGAAAGACACAGAAAAGUUCAUUAUAAUUACAGGUUUGCAACCAAGUGAAAUUAUCAAGUCUGUCAAGAAAGACAACAAUCAAAUAUUCUUAGUAGAUGAUCUAUGUGGUAAUUUUGUGCCUGAUCAGAAUGAACUAAAUAUUUGGAUUAGGCUUGAAAAGAAAAUUAAUGGGUUUCUUCAAUCGCAAAGUUGUAAAAUUAUUGCAACAUGCAGAUUGCAAAUAUGGAAUAGUAAACCUUUUAAAAGAUUCAAAGAGUAUUUUGCCACAACAGAAUGCAAUUUAUCCAGUGAACAAUUUGCAAUAUCAACUGACGAAAAACGUUUAAUUGCAGCAUCAUAUCUUGGAAAGGCAGAUUUAAGAGAAAUUUCUGAUAAAGUUAUGAACAAAGCAGAAAUGUUUCCACUUCUAUGUUCAAUUUAUCCAAACUCCAAACAAAAAAAUGUGUACGAAUUUUUUCUAUACCCGUAUGAAGUGUUUGAGAGAGAAUUAAAUGAAAUGCAGCAUUUAAAUGAAGGAUGUACUGUUGGCCUGGCUUUGUUGGUUGUUUUAAACAACAACAUUAACAAACAAUUGUUUUUCGAUGCACUUUCAAGUGAAACCAAUAAUAUUUUUGACAGUUUGUUUGAAGAUUGCAACGUUUCCCAUAAGUUUACAAGGAGUCAUAUCUUGUCUUGUCUGCUUUCCCUAGAAGGUACAUUCAUUAAAGAAACUGCAAAAACAAUUGCUACUCGUCAUGACAGAAUAUUCGAUAUUAUUGCAUUGUACUUUGGCAGACAAAUUAUAUCUAGCAUUUUACAUUAUGGAAAUAGAAACUUUGUUCGCAAACGUAUUCAAUUUGAAUCAAUAAAUGAAGACCAUAACAAAUUUACCAUUCUACUACCAGUAAACAAUGAGGAUUUGUACUUCAAAAAACUUCAUUCAGAUAUUUUACAAAGAAAGUUUUUGAGUUUAUUCAGCAUAUAUCAAAUCAAAUAUGAAUCAUUUCAAAGGAAAUUAGUUUCAUUUAUUUCUAAAUAUACGAAUACAGUUAAUCUACUAUCAUCAAAUCGGUGGCCUCUAUAUCUCUGCGCUUGGUUUGAUGUCAGAACAAUUGCAAAAUUUCUUAUAACUAAACAAACUAACAAUACAAAGAGUGACAUUAUCCUAUUAGAAACUGUUAAAACGAGUGCUAGAUAUGCUAUGACUUGUGAUGACGCCUUAGAUGAAACUUUAAUGAGUUUUAUAACAUUGGGUCAAGGUAAGAUACAGUCUAUUCAAUCCGAUCAUAAUAUUUAUAACAAUAUAGAAGAUAAUAGUGAAAUCUCGGAUGAUUGUGCGAAAGUGAAUGAGGAAAAUGCUGAUUCUACUGACAAUGAAGACCUAACUGAGUAUUAUAAAAGGAAAGGUUUACAUGUAUUUUUCGAAUAUUUGAAAGUAAAAAAUGCCCCUCUCAUGGUUUGUUGUGCUCUGGGACACCUUUUUUUGGCAGAGCUGUUUAUAAAGUACUUUGACAUUAAUACUCCUGAUAUGUUUGGUAAUUCACCGUUGGUACUAGCGGUAUCUCAAAAUCAAUACGAUAUUACUAAACUUUUAAUACGCAAAGGCGCUAUUAUCAAUGAGUUUGAAAAUCAACAAAAUUGUCCAUUGUUUCAAGCAUGUGCACUGGGCUAUUUACAUAUUGUUGAACUUCUUUUGGAUAAUGGAGCCGAAUCGAAUACAUGUUUCAAGGAAGCUUUUCCGUUAAUAAUUGCUUGUGAAAUGGGUCACAGUACAGUUGUUGAUAUACUUUUAAAGUAUAACACUAACGUUAACCAUCAGAUUAAAGAAGGUUCGUCGAAGGGAAAUACAGCGCUUUUUGUUGCAAGCAGGAAUGGAUUCACACAAACUGUAGAAUGCUUGUUGCUGGCCGGAGCGAAUGUAAAUCUGGCUAAUACUAGAGGUCAAACACCAGUAUUCAUUGCAAGUCUUAAAGGUCAUUUAGAAAUUGUAGAACUGCUUCUAAAAUAUAACUGUAAUAUUAAUCAGUUGGAUAAUGUAGGUGGAAGUCCAUUUUACUUUUCAUGCCAAAACAAUUUUAUUGAUAUUUGUAAUUUGUUAUUGAGACAAACUGCAAAACCAGAUAUAAACAUCCGGCCACAUAAUUAUGGACAUACUCCAUUAAUUGUAUCAAGUUUUAACGGGGACCUCAAAGUGGUUAAUUUAUUAUUACAACAUAAUUGUGAUGUGAAUGUACAGGAUAAAGGACUAAGAUCAGCUUUACACUAUGCUGUCUUUAAAAAUCAUGAAAAUAUUGUGUCAAUUUUAUUAGAAUAUAAUAUCAAUGUUAACCUCCUGGACAGUCAACAGAAAUCUGCCUUACUGUAUGCCUGUGCGAAAGGACAUACUAACGUUGUACAAUUACUGUUAGAUAUCAGAUGUGUCAGUAAUACAGUCGUUCAAUGUGAUAUAAACCAAGGAAACAAGGUAGGUACUCUACCGCUAUGGAUAGCGUGCUGUAAGGGUUAUACCGAAAUUGUCAAAUUGUUACUAGAGCAAAACUGCGAGGUAAACAAAUUGGACGAAAAAGGAGGUAGUUCCUUUUACAUAGCUUGCCAAAACAACCAUAUAGAUAUCUGCAAUUUACUUAUCGAACACCAUGUCAAGCUUGAUGUAAACGUAAGCCUUACAUACUUGGGUUAUACCCCUCUCAUAAUAGCUAGUUUCAAAGGUAACAUUGAUGUUGUUGAACUACUGUUAAGAAACGAGUGUGAUGUCAAUCUUUGUGAUACAGAAAAUCGUUCAGCGUUAUAUUGCGCAGUUAGGGGAAAUCAGAUCGAAAUUGUAAAGCUUUUGUUGAAUCAUGAUGCAGACUUUACUCUCUGUGAUGGUAAUCAAAGAAAUGUUUUGCAUGUUGCUUCCAUGUAUGGUUUCGUAGACAUACUCAAACUACUGCUAACAUAUAUUUCUGAUAUUGACGGUUAUGACUCACAUCGACAAACAGCUUUGCACUUCGCAGUGAAAAAAGGACAGGAAGACAUUGUUAAAGAACUCCUUAAAAGAAAUUGUAACCCGAAUCUUUGUAAUGACGAACUUCAAUCUCCGUUACAUACUGCUUCAUAUUAUGGUUAUGCAAAUUUAGUUAAUAUUUUAUUAGAGAACAAUUGUAAUGCGUAUAUCCAAGAUAAGCUUAAGAGGACAGCAUUACAUCGCGCAGUCGAAAAAGAAAACAAGGAAGUUGUUCAAAUAUUUCUACAGUCAAACCACGAUGUCAAUAUAAGCGAUUAUUACCGAGGAUCUGCCUUACACAUCGCUAUUUUAGAGAAUUACGAGGGUGUAGUAGAUUUACUAUUACAGUGCUCUAGGUGUGAUAUAAACUUGAAAAACGAAGAACUAAAAACUCCGCUCUUCAUUGCAUGUGAACAAGGAAAAAAUAAUUUGGUAAAGCUAUUACUUAAGAAAACAAAAACUCCCGAUAUUACAAAUAGUUCUGGACAAACGCCAGUAUUCAUUUCGUGUUAUAAAGGAUAUUCAGAAAUAGUGCAAAUGUUAGUUCAAGCUGGAGGCAGUACCAGCUUAAAAGACAAACAAGGGAGGAGCCCUCUUCACAUUGCAUGUCAAUAUAACCACAUACAAACAGUUCGAAUGCUGUUAAGCCUGAAGAAAAAACCAGACGUAAAUACCCAAUCAAGUUCUGGUCAAACACCACUAAUGACAGCCGUUCAAUAUGGUCAUAAUGACAUAGCCUAUGCAUUAUUACAAAGUGAAUGUGAUAUAAAUAUCAAAGAUAGUCAACAAAGAACAGCAUUAUAUUAUCUGGGCAAUGUCACAAAAUAUUUGUUUUCGCUUUACUUUCAACUGACAUUUAAUCUUAUUAAUAUAAUAUCGAAGAAAUAG